UCGUGAUUUCCGUGUACAUAUAUAAGAUUGUGGCGUAUCAAAAACAAAUCAGAGUUUACAAUGACAGUAACCAUGUCAAAUCAAAUAAUUGUGUUUAUUUUUGCCGUAUUGACUUUAUUUUCGGCCGUGGUGGGUGAAAUUAUUACCUUCGAUAACUGUGCAACGAAUAAGGACAAGUGCACCAUACACGAGGUCAGAAUGGAUCCAUGCAAAGAAGCUGCCGCGAAGAAGCCAUGCAAAGUUAAGAAGGGAAAACCUGGCUCGAUCGAAAUUGAUUAUACCCCACAUUUUGAUUCGGAUACGUUAACCGGCACCGCCACUUACUUGGGACAGCUCUUACCAAAUAUGGAAACGAACGCGUGUUUAACAUCUCCGUGCCCAGUUGUUUCCGGAAAUAAGCAGACCUACACGUAUCAAUUACUCAUUGAUCGUAUAUUUCCAAGCGGAAUUUUUGACGUACAUUGGACACUGACUGGACAAAAUGAGGGAGAUCACUGCUGUGUAUCUACAAAAAUAUUUCUGAAAUAAUGUACUACUUUUUAUAAUUCGUAAAUUAUUUAGCAAAUCAACAAAGUUUUUCUCUGUAAA